GAUAAUAAUUGUAUUAACAUUGUAAUUAAAAUCCGCGAUAUUAUUUUUCAUUUUAUGUGUCGGCAUUCCCUUUGAUUUCGACUUCAGUGAAUAAAUAAUGACCGAAAGGUAUUUUCUGUGUUGAUUUUGAAUGAAGCAUAAAACGUUGUCAUAUAAAAGGAACAUUUUAUCAGUGCAUUGCCAUUAAUGGAUUAAGAUAUUGGAUGCGAAGCAUUUGUGAUUUUGAAAAGGUUAAUCUUACAAUAGGCGGAGAAGUGCUAAGACAGAACAAUCUAUAUCGGUUGUUUGAAUAUUAUCAGUUUUCAAUAGAAAUAGACAAUUUUCGUAUUAUUUUACAAAUUAAUUGAAUUACUUCUUUGAAGUUAAUUUAUGUCGGUUUAAAGAUAACGGUUUGUUUAAUAGAUUGGCGAGUUGUAAUGUAAUAUUUACUUUCUCUGGGUAACAGAGAGAUAUAUCUCAAAGCACACACUUGAAUUUAAUUGAAAAAUAUUGUUUGUACUUUGGAAAACUACUAAAACAAAACAAUUCUAUACACUUUCAUUCAGCGAAAAGCAAUGUAACGUUAACAGAUAAGAACAUAUUUUAAAGUCUCAUUAAGAAAAAAAUAAAUAGAAAUGUUUUCAAAGCCAGUUAUAGUAAUGUUGGAACCGUAUUAAAAGUGAAACAUAUAUGAGUAUAUAAAGUGUGGAGGUAAACAUCAAGGGGAAAAAAACACAGUGAAGUAAAAUGUCUCGGACGUUGGUUUGGGGAUUAUCUCUGAUUCUUACAGAGUUUGCCAUGGUUGUAAGAGUGAAUGGUGCAGCUAUGAAAUAUAUAGAAAACAGUUCUGAAAGACUAGAUUCAUUCUUUCAGUAUACGAGAGGCGAGGAGAAAUGGGCAGACGCUGCAUUCAGAUAUAUAAACAGUUUGGAUUGUGGUGACACCCUUGACGCUUUCUUUACAACUAAGAGAGAAUGUAAAGAAUUAGUGACUAUAAGCAGACACAGAAUGAACGUGUAUAUUGCUACUCCGUCCAUAUUUGGAUAUAAAUAUAAAACAUACCUCCCCGACGAACCUUUAACACGGUCUGAAAGUCACGACGCCGUCGUCGUUGUGGACCCAUAUCCGCUUGCAAACUUUGGACAUUUAGUGAUAGUGUUCUAUGUGGAUAAUAAUGUAACACCAAAUGACUGUCAUCAGAGAGAAGGGCGUAAUUUAGGUAACAUGCAGUGCAUGACUUUAGCAUUGAGGAAAAGGUGUAAAAAUGCAUUAGAAAGACGAUUUCGAAGGCGAAAUUAUGCACGAAGAUGCGAAAUAAAUUUCUUACCUGUUGUACAGAUUGAUAAAUCAGACAAAACCACUGAAUCUUUUCCACAAAAACGAGAAAACCAUUUACAGUGCCGAUCAAAGUUUGCCGGGUUCGGACUUUGUCCGGUGUUGAGGAGACUCGAAGAUACGACCGAGUUGAUUUGUAAUCCAAUACGAGAUAACACACAGCGUUGUUCAACAACUCGAGAGACGGUUCAUACAAGUUGUAGAUUGUUUGAAAUCUGCGAUCAAGCUGUCAUCAUUUCUGGAGGCUGGAAUCGUCAGACCACAGGAAACAGACACCUAAGAAAUGUCGAGUUAUUCUACUGGAUGUUACGAGAAAAUGGUUUUAAGAAGAGAAACAUCAAAAUAUUCUUUGCGAACGGUGCGUCAGGUGUUCAUGUUCCUGGUGAUCAUCCCCAUCAAGUUCUUCCAGCAGCGAUGAAACUUGCCUUCCGGUAUCAUAUACAGACCAUGUGUCAGACCAUGCAGUGUGUCGAUUCUCUUCUAUUGUAUAUGAAUAGUCCUACAAAAGUUGACGGUACCUCUCUGCUUUGGGACGUCAAUGGAGACGGAAUGGCGGAUGAUGAUGAACAAUAUACUGUUGAUGAACUUCAGUCCGACUUGGCAUUCUGCGAAGCUCGCAAAGUUCACCUCGUUAUAGACCAAAGCUAUGCCGGUGAAAUUGCUCAAGCUUUCAAGAACUCUCAUGCUCACAAGAAUGUUAUUGUAUUUGCGAGCGGAAAGGACCAUGAAUAUGCAUUCAAUGAUGAUUACACUAUACACUGGGUACAGGCCAAUCAUAAACAAGACUGUUCCAGACAAGUUCAUGAGCACAGCACAAAUGAAAUAAAAAGCUCGUCCCCGGUCAUGCGCGAAGGAGACCAGGGUGCUAUUAAAUCUACUAUAUUUGGCGCACCUUGUGACGUCACGCCAGAAUUCACAGACCAGGAACUUCGUGAAAACUAUCUCGGCUGUCAAAAUUUACCGACGGCGGAAUGGCUGAAAUCUCUUAGUAGUAAGGGUGAUUAAAGGAAUGCAGAAACUUGUAGUGAAAAUUGAUCAAUUGCAAAAAAAAAACAUUCACAUGACAUUUUAUAGUUGCAAUACUCUUAAAACGGGUGUGGAGUCAAGUCCAUGACAUAACGUCAAGUUCAUGACAUUUGUUAAAUAAAUGACAUUCAGCUAAAUAAAUGACAUUGUGUUAAAUAAAUGACAUUUUGUUGAAUAAAUGACAUUUAAAUAUAUUUAUAUGCUUGCCUUGAGUGUCGUGAUAAGAAAAAUAACAACAACAAAACGACAAUGUUCACGGGCAAAUCCUUUGUACUUUAGUGAUUUGUUUUUACAGACUAAUUGCUGUAACUUCGUAACUGGUGAACCUUUCCAAGUCAAAUUAUUGUCUGCUGUGUUUGUUGCUAUUCGUUGUCGCGAGGCAUUUGUGAAGUUAGACACAUUGAAAAUACCUCAUGUGCAAAACUUUAUUGGCCAUGUGUUGACUUUUGCUACCUGGCAAAUAUUGCGUUUUAGCGAUUUCACAACAAACGGAGAGGGACCAAACAUUUUAUUUUUCUGUGAUCAUGUACUUAACUUAUAUAUGUAUAAAUGUUUACUUUCUCCUUUUUAUUUGUUGUGUAAUAUUGCCAGAGUUUAUUUGAACCGCCUUUGGCAUCAUAGCAGUGCUUGUGUUUUUGUUUAUUAUUCUUUUUAUUCACUUAUAAUGUUUUAAGACAUUGUUGUAUUUUGUGUACAUAUAAAAUGUUCAAAAAUGAAUAAAACGAGAAUCUUUA